AAUUAAAGAAAUACGAGAUCAGAAGUAUGAUGAGAAGGCAAACAAGGUGACAAUAAAGGUGGUGUGCUGCUCACCGGAGAAGAUGAGGGACAAGUUAUGCUGCAAGGGUGGUGGAUGCAUCAAGAGCAUUGAGAUCAUAGAGCGGCCUCCGCCUCCACCUUCGCCCCCGCCCCCACCUCCGCCUCCGCCUAAGGAAAAGCAUGUGAAAGUAUCUGUAGAUCUGAAAGCCCAGGUGUUUUGUUACUGUAAAUGCUGUAGCGGAAGGCCCUGGGGCCCAUGUUACUGUGGCGGCCAAGUCCAAUUCGUUCCGUGUCAUGGGAAACCCGUUUGCGACAGCUGGAGCAGUUGUGGAGAAACUCAACCAGGCUGCUCAUUCAUGUAAAUACUAUAAUAAGACUGUGUUUGGAAUCCAGCCAAGUUAAAUCCAAUAAUAAGUAACUGUUGUUUUA